UAUACACAUACAAAUACAUGAAACAGUGCGAAGCAGGAAUUGCGUGUCAAAUUUAGUUUUGACGUUUGUUGACAUUUUUGUUAUGGUCAAACUUAUAAUAAUGACAAGAUAAUUAUGAACGAUGCUUCAAUUUUGGAAGAAAUCCGAUCAUAAACAAAAACGAAAACAAAGUUUAACAAAGGGAUCGCCAAAAAAUGGUCAGCUACCUACACGGCGAAAUGCAAAAUUAGGCGAUGACAUUGUUGAAAUUGAUGAACAGAAUGGGCCUUAUAAACCCAGAUCCCGUCUCUCUAAAACUCUUCGUGAAGUGCUUAUUGACAAAGAUGCACUUGGCUACUUUAUUCAGUUUAUGGAUUCCAAGUCAGUAGUAGCAUUAAUUAAAUUUUGGUUGGAUGUGGAAAGUUUUCGAUCCGCAGCCACCUGUACUGAUGAGAAUGAUGGAAUGCUUUUAUCACCUGAAGAUCGUUCCAUAAUGAGCAGUAUGUCAGCAGAUUUAAAUUCACCUAUAGACCACUUCGAUGAUGUUUUUGAUUCCAUAUCAAUAAAAGCUGUAGAAAACAAUUGUAGUAAACCUGUAGAUUAUAAAAGUGAGCAGUGCUUCUUAAAGAAUGGUAACAGAAAACGCAGGACAUUAUCUUGUCAAUCUGAUAUUUCAAAGGUUGAGGAUGAUAAUGUUUCAGCUAGCACGGAUUGUGAUUCUUUGUAUCUUACAGGAGAAUCGGAAAAUGAUAAUAAAUCUACUUAUAAAACCAUAGAAUCUGAAAAUGAGUUUACAUCCUCAAAUAAAAUAUUGGGUUCAGUACAUUCUUUGCAAGCGGAUGUGUUUCAAACUGGUCGUGGUGCUCAUAAGGAGUGCGCUAAUGGAUUUGAUUGCAUGAAAUUGGAAAUCAAGCGCACAUAUUCCGUACCUCAGGAUUUUGAAGACAAUCAGCUGACACGUACAAUAUCUAUGAAUAGUCUUAAGAAACGAAAAGAUUUCUAUUCUAGCAUUCAUCAAGAUGCUAUGAGAAUAUCAAAAAAGUAUAUUUGUGAAAAUGCUCCUUAUCAUAUAAAGUUACCAGAUACCAUUCGUAGUGAAGUAUUAAAUAAAAUACAAAGUAAUACUAUUGAAUCAGAGAUGUUCACACCUGCACAAGAACUUGUAUUUAUGCAAAUAGAAAAUAAUUAUUUUACACACUUUUUGAGAAGUGAUUUUAACACAAAACAUCAAAUAGAUGUACUGACAUCAGGUAAUGUGAUUUUAGAAGAUAUAUUAUUCAAUGAAACAGCUUUGUUUCAUUUUAUGGAAUAUUUAGAACAAGAAUCUCCAGUGAAUCGUGAUUUUAUAGAGUUUUGGUUAUCGGCAGUUAAUUUUAGACAAACUGCUCAUUAUGAUAAUGAACAAAUGCAAAGUGAUGCCAUGACAUUGUAUGAUAAAUAUUUCUCUUUGCAAGCUCUAAACCCUUUAAAUUUGGGAGAUAAAGUUCGAUUUCAUGUUGAACAAAAUAUCUGUCGAGAAGAAGGACCUGCAAUUACAUGCUUUGAUUUACCUUUAAAAAUUUUUGGCCACAGAAAGAGUGGCUCUGAUGCCAGUAGCGAAAUAAGUGUAACAAACUCCACUGUGCACAAAAAUUGUAAAAACAAAUCCAAAGAUAAAUUUGAUAUGAGUAUUGAAACCAGAAGCAUGACCGACCCGGAUUCACUUUGGCGCAGAAAGCAAUGUGGCCUUAAAUUUGGCCAUGUGAAUAAUUUAGGACGUUUUCAAAGUGAUUUGGAACGGGAACCUGAAUCAAGGAGCAAUUGGCGGUUAUCAAAAGCUAUGAAGCGAUUUGUGAACAAAAAAGAUGUUACUAAAGAAGAAAUAGCUUGGCAAGUGGCAGAAAUGAUUGUGAAAGACAUCACGAGUUUAACAUUAAACCAUGAAUUUAAUGAUGAUCCUAGUUGA